GCGAGCGAGAGAGAGAGAGAGAGAGAGAGAGAGCGAGAGAGAGAGAGAGAGAGAGAGAGAGAGAGAGAGAAAGAUGGUCGGAACAAUGAUACCGGCAGGGUAUGCUAUGCCUAUCAUGGCUAGCGAAGCUCAUGAAGAAAGCAGAUUUGGGCUUCCGACCCUUAAAAGAACUCAGAGUGUGAGAGAAAACGGGAUGAAAUCUGAAGCAUGUGUAGGUCUGUUUCAGUCGAAUCUGAUGGAUGGACAGCAUGAGAUAGCCCAUUCUACAGAGAGUGAGUUGGCCCUCGCUAAGAUGAGAGAAGAAGAGUUUGAGAGCAAAUCGGGAAGCGAAAACCUUGAAGGCGCAUCCGGCGAGGAUAAUGAACAGGACCGCCGGCCGAGGAAGAAGCGGUAUCAUCGCCACACCCAGCACCAGAUUCAAGAAAUGGAAGCGUUUUUCAAAGAAUGCCCACAUCCAGAUGAUAAGCAAAGGAAAGAGCUGAGCCGAGAAUUAGGCUUAGAGCCUCUCCAAGUGAAGUUCUGGUUCCAAAAUAAGCGCACGCAAAUGAAGACACAACAUGAACGCCAAGAGAAUGCACAACUUAGAGCAGAAAAUGAGAAGCUCCGAGCUGAGAACAUGAGAUAUAAGGAAGCACUGAGCAACGCUUCCUGUCCAAACUGUGGAGGCCCUACUGCACUGGGCGAGAUGUCAUUCGACGAACAACACUUGAGGAUAGAGAAUGCUCGUCUCAGAGAAGAGAUUGACAAGAUCUCCGGGAUUGCUGCGAAGUAUGUGGGGAAGCCAAUGAUGUCUUACCCGCCACUGCUACCACCAUCCAUGUCUCGCUCUUCUUUAGACCUAGCUGUCGGAAACUUUGGGAUUCAAGGAGGCAGGGGAGAGAUGUUUGGAGGUGGGGACUUGAUGAACAAGCCUGUAGCAGGACAACUUGAGAUAGAGAAGCCCAUGGUUAUAGAACUAGCUGUUGCAGCAAUGGAGGAGCUCAUCAGAAUGGCGCAGCUGGGGGAACCGUUAUGGAUUCCAGGCGGCGUCGACAGCCAGACCGAAAUGCUCUGUGAAGAUGAAUACCUUAGAGCCUUUCCUCGAGGCAUCGGGCCCAGGCCGCUCGGUUUGAAGUCUGAAGCUUCUCGAGAAACAGCGGUUGUGAUCAUGAAUCCCACCAACUUGGUGGAGAUCCUUAUGGAUGUGAAUCAAUGGUCGAGCAUGUUCUUUCACAUAAUCUCAAGAGCACUUACACUGGAGAUUCUGUCGACUGGGGUAGCAGGAAACUGGAAUGGAGCGUUACAAGUGAUGUCAGCUGAGUUCCAAAUGCCGACUCCGCUGGUGCCUACCAGAGAAAGCUAUUUUGUUAGAUACUGCAAGCACCUUCCAGAUGGAAGCUGGGCUGUCGUUGACGUCUCACUGGACAGUAUUCGCCCGACUGCUCAGCCGGUGUUGAGAUGUAGAAGACGACCAUCCGGAUGCCUUAUUCAAGAAAUGCCUAACGGAUAUUCUAAGGUUACGUGGGUCGAACACGUCGAGGUCGAUGAUAGAGCUGUUCACAGCAUAUACCGGUCGCUGGUCAACUCUGGCCUGGCUUUUGGUGCAAAGAGAUGGGUCGCUACCCUUGACAGACAAUGUGAGAGACUCGCCAGUUCCAUGGCGAGCAACAUUUCCCCAAGAGAUGUCGGUGUGAUAACCAGUCCAGAAGGGAGGAGGAGCAUGCUGAAGUUGGCUGAGAGGAUGGUUGUAAGUUUCUGUGCUGGUGUGAGCGCUUCCACGGCACAUACUUGGACGACUCUGUCUGGGAGCGGGGCUGAGGAUGUGAGGGUGAUGACUAGAAAGAGUAUAGGUGAUCCUGGAAGACCACCAGGCAUUGUUCUCAGCGCUGCUACUUCCUUUUGGCUACCUGUCUCUCCAAAGAGAGUUUUUGACUUCCUGAGGGAUGAGAAUUCAAGAAAUGAGUGGGAUAUUCUUUCAAAUGGUGGAGUAGUGCAAGAAAUGGCGCACAUCGCCAAUGGCCACGAUCCGGGCAAUGCCGUCUCUCUUUUGCGGGUAAAUAGUUCGAAUUCAAACCAAAGCAACAUGCUUAUACUGCAAGAGAGCUGCACGGAUUCGUCAGGGUCUUAUGUGAUCUAUGCACCGGUGGACAUUGUGGCCAUGAAUGCCGUGCUAACAGGCGGGGAUCCAGAAUGUGUGGCCCUUCUCCCCUCUGGGUUCGCCAUUUUGCAUGACGGACCUACCACCGCUAACGGAGAGGAAAUGGGGCCGACAGGCGGAGGCAGCAGCGGCAGCAAUGGUGGUAGUGGUGGUUCUCUUUUGACUGUGGCGUUCCAGAUCUUGGUUGAUUCUGCUCCAACUGCAAAACUCUCUCUAGGAUCAGUGGCUACUGUUAACAAUCUCAUCGCAUGCACAGUGGAUAGGAUUAAGGCCGCCGUUACGUGUGAGAAUGCAUGAACUCAUCCUGUACAUGAGUUCAUGCAUGAAGAUUUAUGGUUUUUGGUGCUCAUAUACAUAAUUGCAGUAGCGGCCGGCAGAAAAUCGCUUCGAGUCAAAGGAAAGAAAAAGAAACAAGGAAAAGAAAAAAAAAGAAGAUGAAAUCAAGGAGAUGUAGUUAGGAAGUCAAGAACGCACCUUGGAUGCGCCUUGCCACGUGGUGUUGGGCCCGGAAAAGAAUGCACAUGCACCACCAUGCAAGGGUAUUGGUUCGGGUAUUGACUUUCGCUUCCAAAGUAGUGUACCUUUUCCCUUCUUUCAACGUCUCUAAAGCAUUGUCUCUCUCUCUUUUUUUUUUAGUGGGACCAUAUGUCUGACAUGUGGGGCCAAAGGCAGGGGCCCUUUUGUUUUUAUGGAGAACUAGGGUUUAGGGAUAUAUGCGUCAUUUCCUGUUUCCUUCUCUCUCUAGAUCUCUCUUUUCUUUCUCUCACUCUUCAUAUUUGUUUGGUGUGUAACAACUGUUGUGAUGAAGGAAGCGAUAGUUUUUUACGUCGUUAAUUUGGAGGAAGCAAUGUUGUGGAGUUGGUUUA